AUGAUAAAACUCAUCUUCUUGAUGACUCUGCUUUUUUCAUCUUUGAGCUAGAGCAAUUAAGGAACUCUGGCAACACAUUAUGAUUUGGAUGGUAAUUUAAUCUCUGAGGAAGUAUAAAUAUCUACAGAAGAUGAUUAUAAUUCGUUAGACAGCAUGGAUUCAUAAUUUGAUUCUAGCUUAAAAUAGGAUGAAGAUGAACAAUAAAAUUAUAAAUAACCAGAAGAUAACCUAGAUUCUAUGAAUUCUAUGAAUUUCAAUGAUGAUAUUGCUCCAUUAUAAAGUGCAGAUUUAAUUGAAGAUUAAACAAAUUUAAUAGAAUCUGAAUUUGAGAUUUCUCCUGUUAUUACUAAAUAAUCUUAAGAAGAAUCAUCCUUUGAAUAUCAAGAAUACUAAAAAUAAGAAAGAGAAAGAGAAAAUUAAUUAGCAGAAGUGAUGAAAGAAGAUAACUAAGAUUAGAAUAUAAAUGAAAUAAGUACUGUUGAAAAGCAGGAAGAAUCAACAUAAAUAUAAACUGAUACAUAAUUAUAACCUGUAGUUGCAUCAUAAGAAUAAGUUAUCGAUAUUUAAUAACCUUAGGAUGAAACAGAAAUUAUCAAUUCAUUAACAUAAAGUGAAACUACUCAAGAAUUAGAAAAUAAAGAGACAUCAACAUCAUUUGAUGAAAAUGAUUCAAUUUUGUAAAAUAUUAAUUCUUAUGAUGUAAAUUAAAAAAAUAUGAUUGCAAAUGAUGAAACAUCAAAUAAUGAUGAAAUAUAAUAGCAAUAAAACUAAGAAUAAAAUGAAUAAAACUAACAAGAAAAUGAAAUAGAUUAAAAGUUAUAAACAUAACCAGCAGCACAAAUUGUAUAAGCUCCUUCUGAUGAAUUAUUAGGCUAAUAAAAUAUUGAAUUACAGCCUAAGUAAGAGACUUAAAUUCAAUAAAAUAUAGAAAAUCCAUAAGUUUCUGAAUAAUAAAUAGAUAAUAAUGUAUAAAAUUCUAAAGUUAUUGGUUCUGUUGAAUAAAAUUCAUAAUUAGACAAUAAGAUUAUACCUGAAUAAAAAUAAUAAGAAUAAUAACAAAAUAGUGUUAAUGAAUAAGUUUCAGAAAUUGUAUCAACAUAGGAAAAUAAUUAAUAAAAAGAGUCUUAGAAAAGUGAAGAAUAAUAAUAAAAAAAUUAAGAAAGCUCUGAUUCUUAAAUAAAAGAUAUCUAAAGUUAAGAAUAAUUAUCUAUGGAAAAUAUUUAAGAUGACCUUAAAAUGGCUAAUGAUAUAAAAUAAGCUAAUUGCAUUAUCAUAUAUUCUGAAUGUGAGUAUUAGGGAUUUGCUUUGGAAGUUUGCAAUAGUUUAAAAGAAAUAGAGUAUAUUUAAUAUAUUAAUUAUUAUUUUUAGAAAAUUUAAACAUUAAAUAAAAUCUUUGUAUAUUCCCUAAGGUUAUGGAUUGACAAUCUAUGAAAACUAAAAUUUUAAUGGAAAAAGCCAUAGAUAUACAUAAUCUUAAUAAUGUUUGUAAAAUGCAGUUUCACUAAUUUAACUGAGGAUGGAUUAUACAUUAUUGGCUCAUUAAAAUUUAAGAGGAAAUAAUUGAAUA